UGCGCAGUGGCGGGUAACUUAAAGUCUCGAAGCCUCAUAACAAAAGAAUGAGCGACUUUUUAACCAACUUUCGACUGGUAGAAGUUGAACUUUCACCUCUAAAAUGUUCACAAAACUUAAGAAGAAGAUAGUGGAGGAAGAUCAUAGCGAUUUGGGCUCGUCAUUGGCGAGUAGUCCGCCACCUAGCUGUCGUUCUCGCUCAAUUUCAAAAGAAAAUAAAUGGCACAAACGAAGAAUGAGCAGCGCGAGUAGUUAUUAUGGCUCGAGAGAAUCCAUUUUUACAGAACCUGGAUUUAUGUACAGAGAUACAUCUUUCCUAAAUGAUAAGGAAACUAGAAGCGUACGCUCGUCAGAUGCGGUUGUAAGUCCACGAGCCUUGAAAACAUUCCCAUUAGAUUUGCUUUCUUUUACGGUCUACUCGUCUCCUUAAGUACAUUCAUGGCUGAUUAAGUUUCUGGCAGUCGUAAAUAUUUUAUGAGUCAAACACCAGCAAACCUAGAAAGGAUCUUGUGUCAGUCCUACGUGAAAAAAUGAAAGAAAUUGACGCUUUGAAAAAUAAACUAUCAGAAUAUGAAGAAGAAAUAAAGAGAUGGAAAAAACUUUACAAAGAAAACCCUUCAAAGGUAUCACCCACUACAAUUGGUGCAAAAGAAAAAGCUCUCGACAUUUUGGUUAAAGGAUCGGUGUGACUAUGAAGAACAAGAGCAGAUAUUGAAGCAACAAACAUCAAAGUUAGAAACAGAAAACAAAACUUUGAAGAGCCAAUUGAACGAGAUCAUCACAGAAGUCACCCAGAAAUCAGUCGAGCUCCGUAAAGUUGAGAAACGUUUGGAAAUGCGAGAGCAGGAACUUAGCGAAUUACAAGAGCUUUAUAACAAUUUGAAGUCAAGGAGAUCUGUGGAGAUUUCUACGGAGGAUAACGAGUUCGAAAGUUCAGAAACAAGGCUUCGUAAGAGUGAAAGAUCUUUCCUCGAUGCAGAACAAGCUGCUGAAAACGACGCACAAACGAACGUGUUUUCCAAAAUUGGGAACGAAACAUCAUCUGAAAUGAACGCUCUUGCAACUCUGGUGGCAUCCCUAAACGAAAAACUUGAAAGGAAAGAUAAGGAAUUGACUAGUUGUAAACGUGUCGCCGAAGAAACGAUCGAAGAACUCAACGAGAAGAUUAAAACGAUGCAGAGCAAAAGUGUGAAGCCUCAAAAUGAACCAGUACUAAAUGAUCAAUUGGAUGCUCUAAAACAAAGAAACUCUUACCUCGAGAAGGAAUUGGAGAGCGUUCGUAGUCAACUGACGCACGCAAGAAGAUUGAAAGACAAUCGGCCGGCAUGGCGUCGUUCGUGUGAUACAAAGCUCGAGGAACGAUCGCGUCAUGUAGAAAAUGAUUUUCGUCAGAGAGAAGCGAAAUAUGAAAGUCAACUUGCAGAUCUACAAGAGGAAAGGGAUCAACUACAUUCGGAUCUUUUGAUCAAAGACGAAGAGUGCGCACAAAUUUCCAUGUGUCUCGACGAAGCGUUGAAUAAUACGAACGACCUGAAACAACAGAUACAAUGUCUCGAGACUGCACUUGAAGAGAAAGCCUGCACGAACAACACUCGAAUUAAGUCAUUGGAUGCUUCAAACCGGACGGGGAAUGUCGAAAUUAUGGAGGCACUACAUCGACAACUUGAACAGUGUAAAGAAGAAAAUCGCCAUUUGGAAGAAGAGUUACAAGAAAGAAAUGAUGUGAACGUUAGUUUGAAACACAAACUGAAAGAAAGUGAUGAAGAAUUGAAGACUUAUAAAAUCAAGUUAUCCCAAUUCGAAGAAAACAAUAAACUCGCCGACAGACAGAGAAUUAUAGAUAUGAAAUCAAGCAAGAAUGAUUUGAACGAAAAUGAUGUUUUACGUAAGCAGAUUAUUGAAAAGGACUUGAAGAUCAAGAAUCUUCAAGCGAAACUCGUGGAUAUCAAGAGAGCUCUUCAACGCGAGCUGAAGUCUUCUGUUGAUUGUGUCGAUGGAACAACGGAAAAUCACACGGACAACACAAGGAUUGCGUUGCUGGUCUCAACGUCGACGCAAACCGAUAACGAAGACUUGGAGUACUUGCAAAUGAAUUUCAAGUAUCCUUUUCAAUUCCUUGUUAUCCUUACAAAUAUGCUGGCGAUAUCACUAUAUCUGAAACACGUGAUAAUCAAGUUUAUGUGCAGCACAAACGAGAAGGUAUAUUUGGUGGAUGUGACGUCACAUGAGUGCCACCUACGUGAAUUCAGCGAGCGCUGGACGAAGAGCAGUUACAGGUCAAAAUCGUCGAAACCUUCAGCCCACUGCGCAGGUGCGUUAAUCCCAGGUGAGUCAGGGGGGGUGAACACUGGGCAAGAAAUUGUUUAUAAAGAGAAACUGAAUUUUUCGUUAACUUAAACAUUAAACAGUUAUGAUAAAAUUUUCCGACAAA